CAUGUACAAGCUGAACGGUUGGGCAUCAAAUGGACAAAUGAUAGGCGAGGAGAACCUGCAAAAUACUCCACAGAUUGAUGACAGUACGUAUUCUUAUAUGGGUUACUUUGUUGACGUGGUCGCCUUUUCUAUAAUACAAUUCAACCCAGUCUCUCCACUACCAGCCACUGCUCACAUCAGUCUUGGGAGUUCUUUCUCGUUCAAAAUGGGAUGGCGAGAAAUAUUCCCCUCUCGAAAGAAUCGUCAGCCGCAAAAGCACCAGAACGAGCAACAGACCUCAGUCAACCAAAAGCCAAAGGAAACAUCCAACUGCAAGACUCCACAAAUUCCACAGAUCAGCGAUACCCCAUCCAAGAACAGCAAUGUCACAGAAUCUGCAACACAGAAUACGCCUUGCCAGGCAGCAAAGAGCUCAACCAGCACCCUCGCUGUCAAUGUGUGGAAUCGUGCUUAUGAUCAGCUCGCAAAUAAUGAGAACACAAGAGCGCUUGUCGAGGCUUACUUCAAAGCCCUCAAGAAAGCGGGUAAGCCAGCUAGUUAUGUCGGUGCGCCGGAUGCCGAUGAGGAUAUUUCCGAAAUGAAGGACCAGGCUGGAAGAGACAAGAUCCUUCAAGAUGCCAUCAAAUCAGGCCAACAAAAAAUCCACAAAUCUAUCUCUGCCACAAACACGGUCGGCAAGGUGUCAAGCUUCAUUCUCCAAUUCAAGGAAGUGGUCGACUUAGCGGUCGGAACUAAUCCUCAGGCUGCCCUCCCCUGGGCUGGAGUCUGUAUCGGUCUCACGUUUUUACUUAACCCGGCCAAAGCAUCACAAGACAAUCUGGACGGAGUCGGCUACGUGACCUCUAGAAUGAAAUGGUACUGCAGCCUGACAGAUCAGCUCCUGAGCAGGGAAUACAUUGAGACCACUCGAGACAAGUCUUUUGAAGGUAUCCUUGACCUAUUGGAAGAACGAGUAAUUGAUCUGUAUAAAGAGCUUCUCCUAUUCCAGAUGAAGAGCGUGUGCUCGUACUACAAAAACCAGGGCUGGGUUUUUGUCCGCAAUCUGAUCGAUCUUGACGGUUGGGAUGGCCAGCUCGAAGGAGUGAAGGCCACUGAGAAGGCCUUGCAAGCCGACUCAAAACAAUACCACAACACCGAAGGGCAGAAGCUGAUGCGAGAAUUUGCCCUGAAUGCUCAGGCCACACAAGAAACCCUUGGGACUUUUCAUCAGACUCUACGGGAUUAUAUUGCGGAGCAGUGGCGGAACCACCAAGAUGGUGAAUUCGGCGAAUGUCUUCGACAUAUUUUUGUCGACGAUCCGCAGAGGCAGAUUGCUACGAAAUUAAACAGUAAUGACAAGUUGCUCAAAGAGUCCUAUGAGUGGAUCCUUCGCACCGAAGAAUAUCAAGCCCUCCAGGAUUGGGAAUCCGCUACUCAAAUCCUGUGGCUAUUUGGACCCGCCGGUACAGGAAAGACAAUGUUGACAAUUGGUAUCAUCACUCAAAUGUUCCAAAAGUCGUCCAAUAUUACUGCUAGCAUCUCUUCUUAUUUUUGUGGGGCAAGAGGUGAAAACCAAACGCGUGUUAUGGAUGUACUUCGAACCCUGAUUUGGGGACUGCUUAUCCAACAACCACAUCUCUUUUCUCAUCUUAGAGAGAAGUACAAGAGCUCCGGAAAGAAUUUGUUUACCGCCCCACGUACCUUUUGGUAUCUUCGUGAUAUCUUUCUAGCUAUGUUAGCCGAUGAGCGCCUCACUCCUGUCUACCUAGCUGUCGAUGCGCUUGACGAGUGCGAGAGGAUAGCCAAGCAUGACGAACCCGGGGUGAACGAUUUGAUGGAAAUUAUAUAUGAUUCUUUGCAGAUCACCAACAGUUCUGCAAAGAUAAAGUGGAUACUGUCGAGCCGCCCAGAGAUCAGCCUCCCGAACACGCUCAUAGACGAAAAGCCGGAGACACUGAAGCAGGUCGACGUCCAGUCCAAUCCAGAACCUGUGGACGCGUAUAUCACCUACAAGGUUUCCGAUUUGAAGCGCAAGCUCAAUUAUAGCGACGAAACUUUGGAGGCUAUUGCAAACGAGAUUCGCAAGCGUGCACAGAACACCUUCCUAUGGGCGGCUUUGGUCUUUAAAGAUCUGAUCCAUAGAGACGUAAUGGAGGCUGACGCUCUGGAAGAGAUCGAGAAGAACCCUGCUGAAUUGUCUGAGCUAUAUGAAAAUAUGAUGGUUAGAAUCGAGAACGGCCACCACCCAGAAUUUUUCAAAUCGGUUCUGGAAGCUGCUUGUUUCGCAUCUCGUCCAUUGUCUUACGCCGAGAUUCAGGUUCUUUCGGGCUUGCCAUCAAAAUAUAAACCGGAAGGCUUCGUCUCAAAGUGCGGUUCAUUCUUGACUGUUGAAGAUGAGACGGUACAUGUUCUCCACAAUUCAGCAAGAGAACACUUGCUGGAUUAUUUCAAUUCCAGGGUUAGCGAGAUCCAUGAUCUCAUGUGCGAACGAUCUAUCAAGGCUCUUUCGGAAGGCUUGAGGUUCAAUAUGUAUGAUCUGUUACCAGACACCGAGAUUUCUCAUGCUUCGGUGCCCCAGAACAAGCCCCUAGAUCGUCUUGCGUAUUCAUGCGAGUACUGGACAGAAAUUCUGCGCAAAGGGACCAGCAAGCUCACUGAAGAUGGGCCCGCAUCUGCUUUCUUGAAAGUUCAUUUUCUUCACUGGCUUGAGAGUCUCAGUCUACUCGGCAAGCUCCCCAAAGCCAUUGUAUUGAUCAGAGAUCUCCAAGCAAUGAUCAAGAUCUCAGUCUUCUUGGCUGAUGCUGAGAAAUUCACUAUGAAAAACCUGGCAAUCAUGACACAAUUCCCCUUGCAGAUAUAUGGAAGCGCACUUCUUUUCAGCCCCAGGAAGAGUGUAAUUAAGAACGCCUUUUUUGACGAAAGACCAUCUUUCAUCAGCAAAUUUUUGGGUGGCAUGGAUCAUUGGGAUCCUUGCCGGCAGAUACUUGAUCGUGACGAAAGGACAAAAGCCUUGGCCUUUAGUCCCAAAAAUACGUGUUUUGCAUCAGCUAUGGCCCCCGAUCGUCAGAACCCAGUCAUAAAAAUAUGGGACACAGUUGUUGGUGAUUGCAUUCGAACUUUUCAUUUGAAGGCUGCUGGGGACGUUAUGGAUGAAAUACACCUUUCCUUCUUGUCUGAGUCGAACCUUGCCGUUUGUUAUCGAGGGAUUGCCUGCUUGAUCGAUGUCAAGAGCGGGACAUUCAGUCCUACGGUCAGACCAUCUGCGACUAAACCAUUUGGGCGUAUUGAUUCCCCUAUAACCUGCUCCCCCGAUGGAAAAAGCUUCGCCAUCGCUGCAAACUGUAGCGUGGAUCUUUGGGACGUGUCUACUUGGACCCGCAGACGAACUCUUCAAGGUCACAGUGGAUCAGUGACAACCAUCACCUUCGCGCAUGAUUCCAAGACUCUCGCGACUGGAUCGGAAGAUGGGACGAUAAGGGUUUGGAAUCCCAUUGAUGGAACGUGCACAAACGUUAUGGUAAUUGAAGGAGACUUUCACUAUAUUCACUGCCUCUUCUUCUCGGUGGAUAACAGCACUAUUAUCUCUCUGUCAGGUCGUGUCACAAUAAGUCUCUGGGAUGUUUCAAACGGGGCCUUGAAAGCUGAACGAAAGAAAGAGGACGAUCAGUUCGCCGGCUACGCUGACUGCUCUUUGUCUUCUAUUGGUGAGACUCUUGCUAUAGCAUGCUCAGAUGGGAAGAUUCGUUUCGAGGAUGUGACAACCGGGGCCCAAAUUCUGGUAUUGAACCAGGAGGGACAUCUUUUCCCACGCGUGAAAUUCUCCAGAGACGAGCAUAUUUUAAUCUCAUCAACCUGGGACGGAUCGGUACGACUAUGGGAUAUAUCUGGUCCACCUGCGAAAUCUUCAAGCAGUCACGAGAGCAAGGUGACUGCUCUACGCUUCUCACAAGAAGGUCAAUAUCUUGCUACUGGCUCCGAGGAUGGAGAUGUGAAGCUUUGGAAUUCAGCGGACGGCCUCUUGGAACACACUUUUGAUGGUCAUAGUCAUACAGUGAACUUUGUUGUCUUCGCACCUGACGGGAGAACAUUUGCAACUAUAGCGAGUGAUCAGAAGGUGCGAAUUUGGGACAGCAUGUCUGGAAUCUGUAGACACAUUUUGACGUUCAGGUCAAGUGUUGCCACGUUUUCGCCAGAUGGAAAACUUCUUGCUGUCGAUGCUGGCCUGGGAAGAGUACUGGUUUGGGAUGUCAUGACUGGAGAAUGCCAACGUACCAUAGAAUGUGACCCAUGUUUGAUUUUACGGCUAUUGUUUAUCCGAGAGGGUAAAGAACUGAUUAUGCAAGAGAGCCAUGGGGUACAGCUCUGGGAUCUCGCUACAGGAACAUGCAAGCAGAGGUUUGCAAACGAAAUGACCGAUAUAUUUGUGUCCGCAGAUGAAGCCACUCUGAUCUCAGCAUCUGCAGAUUUUCCGCUCGAAGAUUUCAACAUCCAUUUUACGCCAGAUUCCCUUCGGGUGUGGGACUUGGCCACUGGAGUGUGCCGACAAAUCAUUCGUUUUGGCUAUCGGGCUAUGAGAUUAUCGUUUAUCGACAAGUAUUUUGAAACGGAUCGAGAGGUCUUCUCAUUCAAUUCGAGCAUUCUUACCAGGUCUCCUGAUUCAGUACUGUCCCGAUCUGGUGUAGAGGUUAAAGACACAUGGGUCAUCAGAGAUGGAAAGAAGCUGUUCGCUUUACCUCCGGAUUACCCUCAGAAUUGUACGACUGUUCAUGGGAACACUGUUGCCUUGGGAGGGUUUAGCGGCGAAGUGGCUAUUGUCGAACUUGCUGACAUCUAA